AAUCAUGACAUAUGUCAUAAUCUGUUUGUAUGCUUCAGUUCCAGGAUGUCAGAAAACGAGACCUUUCUACUGUCCAGCUCCACGAGCAUCUUGGAUAACUCUUCUCUGCUGAAUACCUCCCUCCCACCAUUCCCACUGGACUGGGAGACCCCCACCUUCACCACGGCUGCUCGGUUCCGUGUUGUGGCCACCCUGGUGCUGUUUGUGUUUGCAGCCAUCAGUAACCUGUCUGUGUUACUCAGUGUGACGAGGGGCCGUGGCCGGCGUUUGGCCUCCCACCUGCGGCCUCUGAUUGGCAGCCUAGCCUUAGCGGACCUGGUCAUGACCUUUGUGGUGAUGCCACUGGACGCUGUAUGGAAUGUGACGGUGCAGUGGUACGCCGGGGACGCCAUGUGUAAACUGCUGUGCUUUCUGAAGCUCUUCGCCAUGCACUCGGCUGCGUUCAUCCUGGUGGUGGUCAGCCUGGACCGACACCACGCGAUUCUGCAUCCGCUGGACGCACUGGAUGCAGGACGCAGGAACAGGAAGAUGCUGAUGACAGCAUGGACACUCAGUGUGGUCCUCGCUUCCCCACAGUUGUUCAUUUUCCGGGCAAUCAAGGCUGAAGGAGUGGACUUUGUGCAGUGUGCCACACAUGGAAGGUUCCAGAAGCAUUGGCAGGAGACUGCAUACAACAUGUUCCAAUUUGUCACCCUGUAUGUGUUCCCUCUGCUCGUCAUGAGCUUCUGCUACACUCGGAUCUUGGUGGAGAUCAACCGCCAAAUGAACAGGAGCAAGGACAAAGGAGGGGAGCCAUGUCUGAGACGCAGUGGAAUGGAUAUGAUCCCCAAAGCCCGGAUGAAGACUCUAAAAAUGACCAUCAUCAUUGUCGCCUCCUUUGUGAUUUGCUGGACGCCGUAUUACUUGCUCGGGAUCUGGUACUGGUUUCAGCCUCAGAUGCUGCAAGUGAUCCCAGAAUACGUUCACCAUAUCUUCUUUGUUUUUGGAAACCUCAACACGUGCUGUGAUCCGGUCAUUUACGGUUUCUUUACACCAUCGUUCCGGGCAGAUUUGGCCAGCUGCCUUUGCUGGAGGAAUGGGAAUGCAUCCCCUAAAUCUCUGGACAAUUUUUCAGGCAAUAGGCGAGGAGCCAGUGGGGAGGCAGAAUCAGAUCUGGGCAGUGGUGAUCAGCACAGUGGACAGCAGGCGUAGAUGAUUUGAAGAACUUCAGAAUCUUGCAAAUGUUGGAAAUAUUGAGUCAAAGGUGAAUAUUAACAGAAGCAUUUUGGCCAAAUACUUCAGUUUACUGCUCUUUUUUAUUUCCAUUGACCUAACUGAUCUAACUGCUUCUCCAACUACUGAUGGACUGAGGUUUCCAUGUCCUGAACAAACUUCAUAUUCCAGUGAUGCUACAUCACCUCAUCCCGGUCACAGAUAAAUUAACCCACUAAAAUGAUGGAUGUAUCUGAUCUGUAAGGUCUGUUACGCUGGGUUUUUCUCUCACUUUUGACUCCAGCUUGAUGGAUUUGACUCUCCAGUUAAACUGUUGACUCUCAAUUACAGCCCUUAAAGGACCUUUACGGAUUAUAACAGUAUUUUCUGUAGUAACUUAUAACAUGAUCAGGAUGUAUCAUCAGAUAUUAAGAAAACAUGCUUUUUUGAGUAAAAGCACUGGCAACUGGUGUCAGCAGAGCUUUAGAAAGUAUUUUUUUAUUUGAACUGAGCUGUAUGUCACAGUAAUCUGUGUAAAUGUUCGCCUUCGAAUCUACCCACCGCCAUUUCCCCAGUCCCAUUUCCACACUCAGGUUUGUCAGGUAAAGACAACAGCAGGAAAACAGUGCACUGCAGCCAUGAAAAUGGGUGAGCUGUCUACUUUUCUGCUGAACAGGUAAUCACUGAGCUUCAGUAAGGUUGCUAACUAUAACUGGUUAAUUUACCACCACCACUAGCAUAAUAGAGACAGGCAUUUUGGACAUUAAAACUUAUAUAUAUUCACUGAUUAGCUACAGAGUGACUUGCCACUGUGUUAUCACUCUGGCAACCCACAUGAGUAGACAUUUCACUCCCUCUCAUUUAUUACUGAUUGUUCCUUUAUUAAACAUAAGCUCUUAUUUUUUUAUAAGACCAAAAAUGAAUAGGAAAAUUAAGGAAAAUUGGUUGAACUGUUGAUUGUUGAGUCAUUACAAUAUUGGUUUAUGCACAUUAUGGCAUGUGUAGCUGGAAUGUUGUUUUGUGUAUCUGGAGUGUAUCUGCUGUUUUCUCUCAACAAGAGAACCAUUAGCAUUCAAGCAGACCAUCUUGAAACUAAAAAUCCUACUAAUCAGAUACAUUCUAUUCCUGAAAUGUAAGAUUCUAAGGUAGGAAGUCACCCUAUUGAGACUAAUUUGAGGUUAAUAAUCUAGCCUUCUAUUUUAUUGGACGAAAAUGCUAAUGCUUAAUGACAGCACAGCUAAACGCUCAUGUCUAGCAGUGGGCUGUCGAUAGCUUGGUAUUUUCAGUGCAAAUUGCUGCUUCCAAUUUCAGACACAGCCACAGUCUGUUACAUCUGCAAGAAAUAUCCUGGGUAAGUGCAAGGGAAAUAACUAUUUCAAAGUUCAAUAAAAAUACGAGAAAAACAAGGACAAACUGGUGUGACAGUAUACUGAAGUAGAUCAUACAAAAGGGAAAUGUACAAAGUUACAGAGAUACUGCCUCACAAGUUAAAGAUCUUAUCAUGAGUUGGCUCACUAGGGAACAGUUCAGAACAGUAGUAUGGGUAUAGUGUGAAGCCAAGCUGCUUUUUUCCCCACAAUGAUCCCAGUAAAGAAACCCUAGGAGGGAACUCUUCUGCAAACCAUUUCUUGUGAUGUCACAGUGAGUUUAUAGAAAACAGGAAAAGAGUAAGAACUGAACUUGGAAUCUUUGGAAAAGGUUAUGAGGCUUUAAAAGUGACCCUUUUCAGGCCACCUUUGUGGAGUCUGUGCAAUACAUGAUAAAGAUAGUGAAAUGGCUGUUUAUCAUCAUGGACAGUGCAGCAUCUGUCAAAAGUGAAGCCACCACAAGUCUGUACUGUAGUUGUAUGAUACGUAGCUCUGCCCAUUCCCAUAUAUUUUGAUCCCCAUAUAUAUAUAUUUUCCUUCUAUACUUCUAUACUAAGGAAUAAAAAUGAUUGACAGCCUUGGCUGUAACAGAACGUCUAAAUAACCUUUCUGUGGGGGCUCCAAGUGGUCCAGCAGACUAAGACACUGCCACUAUGACAUACCUGUCAAGUCUCCCGUUUUGGCCGGGAAACUACCGUAUUUUACUCCUCUUUCCCGCCGUCCUCCCGUAUUAGUAUUUUCCCCUAAAUUUCCUGUAUUAUACUAAAUAAAAAAAUAUAUAGGCCGCAGGCGACAAUGCACUGACCGCUGUGUGUCUCUUAACCAAUCGUGGUGCCGGUUCAAGGAGAAAGUCCCGCCUUUCAGGAGAAACAGCCAAUCAGCUAGCUGGUUUUGCGGAGCGCAGUUUAGUGUGCGGGAAGCCCCGCCCCUCCCCUCGCUGUGAGUUCAGGCAGCUAGUCGGAGCAGCUGUCCUUAAAACUAAUCUGGAUAUACGGAGAUUUUUCUAAAAGAAAGGUAAUUAAUCAUGUAAACUGUGAUGAGAUUGUUUCUGAUAGCUGGUUAAAAAGACUCUUCUCUGAAUCAAAACAUAAAUUAAACCCACUGUGUGUUUACUAAAAUACAGGUUGUGACUCAGUUAGCUUAACUUUAGAAUUAGCUAGAUAGAUAUUCAGGGUUUGAGAAAAAUCUACAUAUAUAUAUAAUGCCCUGCCCUGAUGUGCCUGAUCAGCCAAUAACUAUCAUUUCCAAACUCUAUUUGUUCAGGGCUAGUUUUAGGGUUUGUUAGAAUUUGUUUAAAUCUCAAGUAUUGUGGUGUAAUGUAUUAUUUAGAAGGGGUAGAAGAGACGGUUGAGCUGGAGAGAGAGAAAAUGUGGAGAGGGCUGAAAUUAACUGAACUGAUCAGGAGUGGACUGAACGAUAGAAAGAAGUAUUAAUGAAAGAUUAUUAAUUGUGUAGGCCCCUUAGGACUAUUAUUUAUUAUAUAUUAUGGAAUAUAUCUGAUCCAUGUCCUUUUUGUAAAUUUGUGCACCCUUCAAUUUCAAUUUUAAAUCUAUUAAAUAAAAAAAAAAUAUAAAAAAAAAAUAUAUAUUGACAGGUAUUCACUAUGAUCAGGAGAUCGCGUGUUCGAAUCCUGUUUAUGUAGCUUGCCAUCAGCUACCAGAGCCCUGAGAAUGCACAUCAAUGAACAUCAUUCCAAACGGUGAUGUUGAUCAGCACAUAGCAUCUGUGAGCUAUGUAUCUAUGUAUCGGAACUGGGUCCCUGCUCUUUCCUCCGAGCGUGCUGUGAUGCUGUUCAGCAAUGCUGCAUUAGCAGUGGUUGGAAAAGAGGUGGUGGCUGAAUUCACAUGUAUCGGAGGAGGCAUGUGCUACCCUCCUGGUGUUGGAACAUCACUAGUGAUAGCGUUAUUGGCUGUGUAAAUUGGGAGAAAAUGGGAUUAAAAAUUAGAAAUUUAAUUUUAAAAACGUUAAUUCUGUUCAUAGUAGCAUUUGUUUAUCUCAGUGCUACUCUAAUUUGAAAAUCUACUUUUACUAUUAAAGCAUUACACAUUCAUUAAAUAUUGGACAAAAUGGGUAACCAGUAGAAACAUUCAUACUGCUUCUCAUACUUUAGAUUGGACUGUAAACUUAGUAAAUGUGGUUUUUGAUGCUUGCAAUUCUGACUUAAUUUUAAUGGAACCAUGUCGUUCAGCUAAGUGACUUCCUCGUGCUCAGGCUGGAAAGUGUAGAAACAUGCAUAUGAUCAUUGAUUUCCAGUACCAGAGGUGGCAGACGAGUCAAGAAGAAUGAGAACUGAAGUUUUCCCUUGGGUUGUCUAAAGAGCUUCAGUGAUUAGUGGAAGUAUAGGUUGAGUGGAAUGCCUGGCCUUGUAUCUGAUUUAAAAGGUGUCCAAGGAAUUGUCCUCACUAAGAUUCGACAUUCAAGGAUUUUGGUCAGAAAGGACUUUGUGUCAUGCUGUGAUCUCUCAUUAUGCUGUGCUUCAUUCAGUACAGAUGUACAGUGCAUACUCUAGAAUGGGUAACCUCAAGUUUAUUGUUUUAUUCCAGUAGUAAGAUGCUGGAGUACAGAGCCAAAACAAACCACUUGUGUCCUUUUUUAAUCAGUAAUUAGCAUAAUUAUGAAUUGCAAUGUAAUGUACACUACAUUGACAAAAGUAUUGGGGAAAUUAAGGGUUUUAGAAAGAGUCCAUCCUUCUUUUUAUUUAAAAAAGACAUUCUACUAGAUAUUUCUAUACUCACAACCUCACCUCAUCCCCAACUCUCCAACUCACCCCAAAAGUAUUGGAUGGUGCACCACCAUUCCAGAGAACACAGUUCUUCUGUUCCAAAGCUCAGUGCACAUCUAGCUAGGCUUGUCACAAUAAGUAUGCUUAUAAUGAUCAAUUUUGAUACAAAAAAUGGACAUUACCUGAAAUUAUUAUUGAUUUCCUCAACACUGUUCAUCAUUGUGUUUACCUAGUGAGAUGAGCCUAUCAAUGCAAAUGAGCCGUUUUUUAUUUAAACAAUAUUUUUUUUUUUUAAACAGUGAUUUUAUUUUAUUUAUGCUUAUAUUUUUAUAUUUCAGUUCCAGUGUCUAAGAAAUGUUAAACAUUAUACAUUAUGCUACUGUAUUAUCGUUAUAUCAGUCUUGACAGUAAUAUCGUCCUUGUUAUCACUAUGUUAUUUCUGGUACAGUAUAUAAUGGUUAUCAUGACAUCAUGACAUCCUACCUCUAUCCCAUUCCCUGCUUUAGGACCAUGGAAGGGAAAUGUAUCCAAUUUAAAUUUGAAAAAAAAGGAAGAAAGAAAACGGAUUUAGCACAUUCACACAGCCAUGAAAAAAUCAGAUCUGAGCCACAUUGAGCAAAAAAAAAAAUUAGAUUUGAGUCACUUCAGCCUGGAAAUGUGAACAUAGCCUAUGUCUGCUCUACAGAAUCCUAUUCUACAGUCAUGUGAAAUUAAGUGACAUUUAAUAGGAUCAAAUGCCAAUGUCAUUUAGUCUCAUCCAAUAUUUUUAAGAGAGGAAAUUAAGAAAUGAUGUGUAACUUAAUCACACAAUUACACAACAAUCAAUCUUACACAGUCUAAACUGGAUAAUAAAUGCGUGUCCAGUUAAAUGAAUGUAUGAGAAGCAAAAGUUAUUGGCAUUCUUGUCAUUAUCUUUAAAUAAUAGAGCUUUUUAUAUCCCUACUUGGGAACAGCACUUGUGAUGGUAAUGAUGGCUUGGUUUAUAUGCGCUGUAUAUGAACUUUACAUGUCUUUCCAUUCAUUUUGUAUGAACCAUAGUAAUGGUGUGCAUGGCCUCUGCAUUAAAGUGACCUUGUGAUGUCAAUUUGUAACUUAAUAUUGAUGUGGUUGACCAUAAGACCCUCAGGACCCUAAUGAAUGUCACUGCUGUUACUUUGUGAUAUAGAGGUUAACGAAGAUAUUGGCAGGUGCAUAAAACUGACCUUUAGUUUUUAAUUACAUCAGAAAGCCCACUGGAGGUUUUGUGUGAAAACCAUGUAUUUGAUUAUAGUGGUCUUUUAGGGGCGGGGGGGUUAGAGAAGCCUUGUUGUUAAGUCAUGCUUUUUGUAUGUAUCUAUUACUGCCACUCUUAGGUUGUUCCACACAAUGAAAUAGCGCUGCUUGUGUCAAUGUAUGUGACGUGUAGGACUGUUUACCUGUAAUCUGAGCACACAUACAGUAAAUCUCUGUGGUAAACCUUUGCCUCUGUGGUGUAUGCACUGUGCUGACAGAGCUGACGGGUUGUGCUGUAGCAAUCGCGCCCUAAUCACAUCAGGACAGCAGCAGGGCCAGCCUUAUCUCUGAGCACUCUUAACCUUACCAUCCAACCAUCAGUGAGGAAGUGAGGAGCAUCUGUCAGCACACACACACAUACAUAUACACACACAAACACAUCACUGCUUCUGUCAUCUCCCCUGUUGCAAAACAUUCCAGGUUGCUAAUCUCUUCCCAUAAGUGAUUACAUGCUAAUUAUGUUAAACCACAUUGAAAGGAACGAGAAUAAAGCUCCCUCUAUUCACCCGACCACACUGACACUCUCUUAAUACUCAGAUCUAAUGUUGUGUUAAUGAAAGCACAACCCAAAUGAAAGACAUUUAGUCUAAACAUUCAAUUGUGGAACCUAAUGAUUCCAAAAGCUGAAUCAGGGACCACUUGAAAAACAAAUAUCUAGUGUUUAGCUCUCUCAUCCUAAAUGGAUAGAGCAGAUAAUGUCCGUAAUUAGCAAUGUUUCCCCUGUUGGGGUCAGAAGUUUACAUACACUCAUUAUGGACAUGAAUGUCAUGACCGUGUUAGACUUUGUGACUUUGGUGUUCCAUCAGGACCUGAAGGUCUGUGCCUUUAUGGCUCUUGUGUUGUUACUUGAACUAAUGAGCAUGGCCCAAAGAGACAUCCCUAACUUUUAAAAUCUAUGCUCAUCCAUCUAAGGUCUGCAUUAAAUUUCUUGGGUUUUCAUGUUUGUCAAAACUGCUUUAAAAUAAAAAAAAAUGUAUGAGGGGGCAGAGAAAAGCUGCCAGUAGUUAAUCAUGAUCUCUAACAGGUUAAGAGGCCUUGGCUUUGGCAUCAUGUAGGAACUUUAAGUACCAAUGGAAAAUGUAUAAUACUAACAAUGUGAUGAUUUCAGAACACCCUCCCUCAAAUGAUUAAAUAACCAUGUACACCAAAUUCUACAAAAACGAUUGUUUUAACUAACUCUGCUCCAGAAAAAGAGAGUUCAAAAUAACCACUAAAAGCCCAAAGCCUAGUGUUUCCACUAUAUACAUUUUAU